UGCUGGGUCCUGUUUCCUCCUGGUCCUGUUGAUGAGGAUUUUCAGACCACAGACACUCAACUGCACUGUACCUACCCGGGCUCUUUCUGUGUUUUCACUCAGGUUGAACUCAAACUUCCAUCCCUGACAGCAGGGCCAUGUCUACCAGCCUGACAACUUGUGAAUGGAAGAAAGUCUUCUAUGAGAAGAUGGAGGUGGCGAAGCCGGCUGACAGCUGGGAACUCAUCAUAGAUCCCAAUCUCAAGCCCAACGAGCUGGCCCCUGGCUGGAAGCAGUACCUGGAGCAACACGCCUCAGGCAGGUUCCACUGCUCCUGGUGCUGGCAUACCUGGCAGUCGGCCCACGUGGUCAUCCUCUUCCACAUGCACCUGGACCGCGCCCAGCGGACGGGCUCCGUGCGCAUGCGCGUCUUCAAGCAGCUGUGCUACGAGUGCGGCACCUCGCGGCUGGACGAGUCCAGCAUGCUGGAGGAGAACAUCGAGAGCCUGGUGGACAACCUCAUCACCAGCCUGCGUGAGCAGUGCUACGAGGAGGAUGGCGGCCAGUACCGUAUCCACGUGGCCAGCCGCCCAGACAGCGGGCAGCACCGCAGCGAGUUCUGCGAGGCCUGCCAGGAGGGCAUCGUGCAUUGGAAGCCCAGCGAGAAGCUUCUGGAGGAGGAGGCGACCUACGCUUUCGCUGGUGCUUCCAAGCCAGGGGCCCUGGAGGGCUCGGGCUACAACUUUUUCUCCCUUCGCUGGUGCCUCUUCUGGGCCUCCCUCUGCCUGCUCCUCGUCUACCUGCAGUUCUCCUUCCGCAGCUCUGCCUUCCUUUAG